UGGCGGUCCCUUUGCAGGGAAGGUGGAAGAAGAAGAUGGCCUUUGCCAUCCUUGCGUUCACCUUACAGAUGCUGUAGUACUGGAAUGACCCAUGAAAACAUCAAUAAGUCAGUCACUGACCAUAUACUGAGAGAGAAUCAUGCUGGGGAAUAUGGGGCGAACCACAUUUAUGCAGGACAAAUGGCCGUGCAAGGGAGAACUUCUGCAGGACCAUUGACAGCUAUUGUUAUACAGAAAAUGUGGGAUCAGGAAAAGGACCAUUUGAAAAAGUUCAGUGAGUUAAUGAUCUUAUACAGAGUCCAGCCAACCAUUUUGUUGCCUUUCUGUAACAUUACGGGGUUUAUGUUAGGUGCUGGGACUGCCUUGCUUGGAAAAGAAGGUGCAAUGGCUUUCACUGUGGCUGUAGAGAAGAGCACAUCUCACCAUUAUAACCAUCAGAUCAGGACAUUUGUGGAAGAGGAUCCAGAAAAAUAUAGAAAAUUAUUGAGGCAAUUCAGGGAUGAGGAGAUGGAGCAUCACGACAUUGGACUUGAUCAUGACACAGAACUGGCUCCAGGGCAUUCCAUUUUGAAGAAUGCUAUACAAAUUGGAUGUAAAGUUGCAUAUAUUUUUUUAAUCGGAAAGAAAAUAGUGAAGUUUUGGGCAAUAGUGUAA